CCGCCACUGCUGCGGGGAGCUGCGCGGCCCCGCUCCCCGCCGGCGGCUCCCCACCGCCGCCUCAGGGCCGGGCAGACGAGACGCGAUGAGUCACGGGGCCGCGCAUAGCCCCUUUCCUUCCCCCAGCGUCCGGCCCGGCCCUGCCUUGCUCGGAUUGAAAGAUGACGAUAGUGGAGACCAUGACCAGAAUGAAGAAAAUAACACACAGAAAGACGGUGAGAAGGAAAAGAACGAUCGGGAGAAACCACAGACCACUACGAAGAGGAAGGCUGUCGUCCCAGGGCCAGCAGAGCACCCCUUACAGUAUAAUUACACCUUCUGGUACUCCAGACGAACACCCGGGAGGCCAACCAGCUCGCAGAGUUACGAACAGAACAUCAAACAGAUUGGCACCUUUGCCUCUGUGGAGCAGUUCUGGCGGUUUUAUAGUCACAUGGUACGUCCUGGGGACCUGACAGGCCAUAGUGACUUCCACCUUUUCAAAGAGGGAAUCAAACCCAUGUGGGAGGACGAUGCCAACAAAAAUGGUGGCAAAUGGAUUAUCCGCCUGCGGAAGGGCUUAGCGUCGCGGUGCUGGGAGAACCUCAUCCUGGCCAUGCUGGGGGAGCAGUUCAUGGUGGGCGAAGAAAUCUGUGGGGCAGUCGUCUCUGUCCGAUUCCAGGAGGAUAUCAUCUCCAUAUGGAACAAGACAGCCAGUGACCAGGCCACGACAGCCCGGAUACGCGAUACGUUACGAAGAGUGCUCAACCUACCUCCCAACACCAUCAUGGAAUAUAAAACACACACUGAUAGCAUCAAAGAAAAGAAGUUACGAGUUUGGGGAGAACUGUGGGAGAGGAGAGAGAAGAUGUGAUUAUGGGUGAUGGAAAUGUGGUAGAAAUACAAGACAUGGGAUAAUUCAAGCUUUCGAAACACAAAAAUCACAUUGUGAGAACAAGAGCUGGCACUAAGCUCCUCUCCCCGUGUUGAAAGCACUGAGAGGUCUCCACCAGUGCCCUCUGACCUCUGAAGGGACUCAUGGGCCACUCUCUCGCACUCCUCCCUGGAGGAAGGAUCCAUCUGAAGCCCUCCAGCAGCGGUGUCAAUAGAGGCUGAUUUUGUCAAACACAAACUUUUUUUAGCAGUGGGGUGGGAGGCCAACCUUUCAAUUAGCAGCGUGCCCUUGGGGCCGCAUCUUGCAGCACUUUGCUCUCUUUCUCUGCCAUGGCAUGCAGGAUCUCUGGGAUUCUGCCUCAGUGUCAGAGCCUUUCGCUGAGGGAUACCAGUAUUAUAAAUCUCUCUGCAGCUGGGAGGAGCUUCCCAGGGGAGAGUUGGCCCUGUGGUUUUCAAAUGCCCCCUUUCAGCUCUGCCAAUAAAUUAUUGGGUCUCUUUGUUUCUUUCAA